UCGAUGUGAACAGAUGCCGCUGUCCACGAGGCGGUCAAUGUCUAAUGUAGUAAUGCCUCUCAGCCUUUGAAGUUGUCAACUCGAGAACCGAGAAUUUAUCCGAUAUCGUUGAUCCACAGACUUGAUACAUACUAUGUACAUACGUACAUCCGCCUCACAAUCAACAGAGCUGAACUCGGCCGGUUGAGGCGGGCAGACCCUUUCUUCGUCCCGUUGCCAGCUGCCGAGAGAUGCCACGAGCUUCAAGGGCCACGACAGGGCUGGUGGAGUAGUUACUGACGUUGCCGGUUGUUGGCGUUUACAUCAGCGUCAGACCAUUGUGUCGCCCAUUUCCGAACGGAGGAGGUCUUCUUGUUCUAUGUAUGUAUGAAGGUACGGAGUAAUUCGUUGAGCGAGGAGAUGGCAUUUACCCAAGAAUCACAGACAGGUAAUGGAUGUAACUGAUGAUGAUGGUCCAUGAUGACCGCAGUUCGUCAAAUGCUGUCAGCCUUUGUUCAUAUCGCUCCUCUAUUAACAACUCAGACCCAAUCACCAACCGCCCUGUUAACGAUCAACCCCCAGAUUCGACAUUCCGCCUUGCCGAGGGUGGUCUGCUGGCAGUCAAUUGAUGAGUUGGUGGGGGUCAAGUUAUGUAUGGCUACAGUAUCAGUAUCCUGAUCAGCAACAAACAAGGGACAGAGCCCAAACAAACUCAAAAGCCAAUACCCAACCAUCCAUUGCCCAUUGUCACUCGGGCUCCUGUCCCGUGAUUCAAGAUAGAGGUGGUCAGUGGGCAUCAAUCGAAGCCCUGUCGGGUUCACUUACAUACGCAAGACAACACGCCUUGGUGCCUGACCUGGACGUUUUAGUUACCUGAACGUUAGUCUCUAACCGUCUAUCGAGUCCCAUCGUUGGUUGAUAUUGAUUGACCGCUUCUCAACGGUUCCAGGUACUACCCUGUUCGUACAUACAGCACUCACUCUUUCACUCUCUCAUGAGGUCAGCCAGCGAUGGAUGUCGACGCGCCUCGCUUGCUUGGGCAACAACGCUUGAGCGCCCAAUGCCAAUGUACUUGGUCACCCAGUCACUCAAUUUGUCAAGGCCGAGGCAGUGACUUUUUCGGUUGACUUUCUUAGGCACUCUGGGGUAACCCGGCACUCAGUAUCAGUACUCCCGCUGACGAUACCUCUCCACUCUCUAUUCGGUUCUCUGGCUACACAAUAUCGUCGUGGAAUAUUUCAUACUGAAUGUUAAUGGUUACCACUCAAACUGGCACACAAGACGUCACCCACCCUGGCUUUGGAUCAGAGACAGGGUUCGCUCGUGGGUUCUGUUCGCUUGGUAGUUAGGUUGCUUGCGCCAUCCAAAAAGUCAAGAAAUUUGCCGAUAUUAAUUAGAUUGACUCUCUCUUCAGGUACAAACUAUCGCCCACCAACCAACCUCCGAAGCGCCGGAUUGACACCCUCCAAAACAAUAAAAGAAUGGGAUUCUGGGGCGAAUUCUACUGCAAAUCUUAUCAGAAAAAGGAUUUUGGGCCAUCUCAUCACUGACUUGCUUCACGCCUGGUCCCUGUCACUGCCCACUACAGCGCACUACACUACAGGCUACUCACUACUCAACUCGACUAGACUAACUAACUAGUGAAUGGGGCAUCGCUUUUUUCCAUCGCCAUCCAUCUCUCACGACAAGGGUUUCGCUUCAUGACAUGCGUCGUCCCCGUCUCUGUCUGUACCUUACCUUCAUCCCUUGCAGCCUCACGGACGAACAUAAAUCGUCCCCAUUCCGAGCUUCACUCCUCCAGAUUCUCUUUCAAUUCUGUACCAGUUCGGUUCAGAUCAGCUUGUUCAACAGCUUCACUUGCAACUGGUUCGCUCAGAAGCGCCUCCAAGGAUCUUGCACUACUGUCUUAGUGCUUCUUCACUAUCAUUCCGCGAAGUUUACCUAGUUUCUUUUUUUCCUGCUCUUCCUAGAAACGGCCAUCUCAGAGUGAUCCAUCUGCCUGGACCACAUCCAUACCACAGCCCACAGGACACACAGGUCACACCGCCUACAAGUUACAUUCUACUGUACAGCCGCCAACCCAGCCCAGCCCAGCAGGAGGACCCAGAACCCAGGACCCAGGACCCAGGACCCAGGGAAUUUCAUCACCAUCAAUAAAGGAAACCCUAGUCAACCGUCGUGGAUGACCCUGGAGAAGAGAGUUAGCCCAGCCCAGCCUGUCUUUUGGAAGAAAAGGAACCCGGGCCAGGAUCAUUCACUGCCCAAGGGACCCCCCAAGACCCAAAGGGACCCAUAGUGUACAAGCUGUCCGGUGUUCAUCUCCAUUCAUCGGUUUACCGGUAGUCUGUCUUGUUCUCUUUUUUUUUUAAUUGGAACCCAAGGCGUGGACUUGGGAACGUGGAUCCAUUCUGUUGCUUCUUCACGCCGGUGGAUUCUUUCUUUAUCAGCCGCAAGUCUCGUCAGGUCUUGUCAAAAUUAACACUUAUUUGCGGUUUUUACAAUGAUGAGCCAGUACACUAUGGCACAACCAGAUCAUGCCUACAAGUCUUCAACAAUGUCGAACAGUCCUUGGAAUCCAACUCGCAGUUCAUUUACCGAUCCCUCGGUACAUGGCAGUUUCGACAAUGGCUUUUACUCAGCACAAAGUGUCAACUACUCAGCUAGCAACUAUAACCUAGCUGGCGGUCUGCCCAUUGGUACUGGCGGCCAUAUGUCGCGACCCGAGUCAGCCUAUCCCGCUGCUCCAUCAUACGGCGCCCGUCCUGCUUCAGGAUCAUACGGAAAGCCUGUCGUCCAUGGCUCAUACAAGGGAGCAACCUCUCAGUCCUGGGAGAACCAUGAUCGAUACUCACCUACCGACUCGGUGGACGAUAUCAUCGCAUCGCCUAACCUGUCCGACUAUUCCCUGGAAAAUGGGAUGAGCAACUCUGCUCCCGGAGGAAAGUCAAAGUCAUCUGGCAAAGGUCGAUCGCAAAGACGUCCCUCAAACCGUGACGAGUUUGACGGUCCUCAUCAAUUCUUGCAGCGACCACCUCCCGAUGUCAUUGCUAUGCAGGAACGUGAGCUUCCUCACCUGCCUACGAACCUUCAUGUCCAAGAGCAGGACAGUGUUUUGAGCCAGGUCAAUGACCGUCUUUCGCAAUGCGCAUACGAUUUCGUUGCCAAGUACCAGUUCCCGAUUCCUCUCACUCAGGACAUGAGACCUGUUGAGCGACCUCAGGAUCGAGAAUGGACCGAGUGGGUUUACCUCCUCAAGCGUCUCGCAACGAAGCGACGCAUCCCAGCGCGAGUGCUCUACAAUGGGCAGAUCAAGCAGUUUGUCACAAUCCUCGAGAACUCACUCGAGAUGAGACACGCCGCUAAGCACCAGAGUCGCCCUCUCAAGGACGACCGCAACAUCCUUCAGCUGAUCUCGGCCGGUAUUCAGGUGGCCAAGAUCCUGAAGGAUGCGUCGGCUAUGGACUACCUAGACCGACUAUACGUUUCUACAGACAAGCAGAUCCAGGAUCGUGCCGCAGCGCGGUACCGAGCUUAAGAAUCCAAGCUUGAGCACACGAGUCUUCAAAGCGACUGACUCUAAUGAUAUACGUUUAUAUGCUCUCCUAGAACAGGAGGCAUGAUGCCAGUGACGACAACGGCACGAAUCAGAAACAGGGAUGUGGCCCAGGCAAAAAGGGUUUGGGGCCACAAGCACAAUUUGACAUUGUGGACGAUAAUGUUUAUCAUAUACGGACGAUGGCUCUCUAGGGGUCAUAGGGGGCCGGCGUGCCAGGUUCGCACCAGCCCUUCCCAGCAGCCGUCUUUCUGGUUGGGAGGCUAUUGUCUGAGCGUGUUGGAGUUUAUUUUAUGGCACUUUGUUUUCUCUGGAAUUUUGUUUCGCAUAUGAACGAGUCAUGCUUUUUUCUCGUGCUUUUUUGUUUCUAGCACAUGUUUAUACUUAUCGUUUUUUAACUCGAUUUGAAGAAGAGUGCUCCAAUACAGACAGGACUCACGAUGAUGAAAUCACUGUGUGUUUGAGUUAUCAGCGCUGCUUCGAAGAAUUCAUGGCAUAUCAUGCCUGUCAUUUCAACCGUUCGAACCGUUGGUGGCGUUGGGUGACGAGUGUGAAGGUGGUGGUGUUGGGCAUCGGUUGGGUUGGCAAGGAUUACGAUUUGGGGGGUGAAGGCCGUGAUGAUGAUGACCUCUCGGGAGCAGGCAUCUCAACUCUAUUCUCACUGCUGAUCAUUGGGCAUGUAUUGGGCGUGUGAUCCUAGUGAGGGUUAGGAAUCUAGCAAGCGUGGUCUUUGGAGGCUGACGGGCGCUUCGUGACGAGAUGAUGGAGACAUGGUUUCAGAGACCGCAUGUAUUACGAAUACAAUAUGAGCCGAUAUGGUACGUAUAAUCUGGCAUUGUUCUUGGCCGUUUCAGUGAAACCCACCACGUAUGAAGGUGUUCUAUAUUACAUCCAUAGCAUGGUAGCUAGCUCACGAAUUGACUUCUUGUCCUAGGGUAGCUAAACAUUGUGUGUCCAUUCUGUGUCAGAACUUCAAUUCAGAUUCAUCC